AAUUCUAUAUUUGAAGAUAACUUCAUUUCUGUUCAGACUGUUCCAACUCUAUCACAACUGGAGUGAAAAGAAAAAAAGAAAAAUCUCUAUUACUGCAGAGGAUUCUUUUUGUCCAUAGAGAGUGGGAGAGGUGUAACUUCUCCCUACGUAUUGGUCUCACACUAUCACAUUCCUGUCCGCCAUUUUCUCUGACUUAGUCUUUCCUCCUUAACAAACUCUGCCAUCUUUUUUUUUUUUUUAAUCUCUCUCAUCUCCUAUUUCAACAUUAAUUUCCACUUCCACCCCUCCAUUUUUUCAGAUUUUUGUGUUCUGUACAAGGUUGGUUUUUGUUGGUCUAGACUUUUUUUUAAGUUCUUGAAUGGGCAAUAUCUCAUGGUUUUCAUUUUAGAUUUGGUAAAGUUCACUGCUGUUUCCAUUUCUUGAUAAUGUGAACUCAACCCAUCUUCUCUUUUUUCCUUUAAAUUCAAGAUUUAGAGUUCAAGUUUUGAUUUUUUUUGGGUAAAGAUUGAAUUUUUAUUUGAUUAACUCAUCUCCACCAUCCACCGACAGUUGCAAAGAGAUAAAAAUAGAAUCUUUUUACCUUUUUUUCAACACCCAAUCUAAAAAAAUGCCACCAAUAAUGACCACAAAUUUCAUUACCCUCUUUGUUUUUGUGUUUUUCCUUUUUAUCUUCUCUGCAAAUUCCCAAGAUUCUGAUCUUGAAACUGAUUGCACAAACAAAUGGAUCCAUAUUAGACAUUUACCACCUCAAUUCAACCUUGAUCUUUUAUCAAAUUGCUCUGAAUAUCCUCUGUUUGACAAUUUUUGUCCUUAUUUAGCAAACCAUGGCCUUGGCCAAAAGACUCAUAACAAAUCACAUAGUUGGUAUAGAACUGACCCUUCUAUGCUUGAACUUAUUUUCCAUCGUAGAAUGCUUGAAUACCCUUGUUUAACAUCUGAUCCUAGUCAAGCCAAUGCUAUUUAUGUACCUUAUUAUGGUGGCCUUGAUAGCCUUAAGUACUUAUAUGGUCCUGAAGUUAAUUCAAGUUUCCAGCAUGGUUUAGAUUUGUAUGAUUUUUUAGUCCAUGUUGAUUCACCUAAUAUUUGGAGUAGAAAUUAUGGUCAUGAUCAUUUUAUGGUUAUGACAAGACCUGCUUGGGAUUUUAGUCAACCUUUGUUUAAUGAUCCUUUAGUGUUUGGUACUUCAUUUCUUGAAUUGCCUGAGUUUUACAAUGUUACUGCAUUGACUAUUGAAGGUAGAGCUUAUCCUUGGCAAGAACAAGCUAUUCCAUAUCCCACUUCCUUUCAUCCUCCGAAUUUAGCGUUUUUCGAGUCUUGGGUGAAUAGGGUAAGGAGGUCUAGGAGGACUACUUUGAUGUUGUUUGCUGGUGGUGGUGGAAUUUCAGCUAAUCCUAAUGUUAGGAGAAGUAUUAGGCUUGAGUGUGAGAAUGUGACUAGUAUGAGUGCUAACGGCACGGGGUACGAGAAAUUGUGCGAAUUCGUAGAUUGUUCUAAUGGGAUUUGUGAACAUGAUCCUAUAAGGUUUAUGAAGCCAAUGCUGCAAGCUAGUUUUUGUUUGCAGCCUCCAGGGGAUACACCAACUAGACGGUCCACGUUCGAUGGGAUUCUUGCGGGUUGCAUUCCUGUGAUUUUUGAAGAUUUGUCUGCGAAAAAGCAAUACGGAUGGCAUUUGCCAGAGGAGAAGUAUGAAGAGUUUUCAGUGUCUAUACCUAAAGAAGAUGUUGUGUUUAAAGGGUUGAAGAUUCUUGAUGUUUUAACUAGUAUACCAAGAGCUCAAGUUAGGAGGAUGAGAGAAAAAGUUUUGGAAAUGAUGCCUAGAGUGAUGUAUAGAAAGCAUGGAAGUUCACUUGGUUUGAGAAGCAAAAAGGAUGCCUUUGAUAUUGCAAUAGAGGGCACUUUGGAAAGAAUCAAGUCCAGGCUUCAAGAAGUAGCAGCUCAAUAAUUAUUAGCUUAUUACUGUGUUCUAUUCUAUCUCUUAUUGUUCUUUUUAUUGUUUCUAGUAUUAUUUAUAACACAGCAAAUGGUGUAGAGAUAAUUUUGUAUUCCAUAUUUCCACUGAUAAUGAAUAGAUAUGUAAAGGCAGUCAUUAGAAA